UUAAAGCGUGGAAAGAGAGAGAGAGAUUGGAAGAGGAAAAUGGCCACCAUCACUAAGACGAUCUCUGUAUCGCUUCUAUGGGCUCUGAUCUUCUUUGGAACCCUAGCUCUCAUUCAGAAGCGAUCAAACGAUGCUGGAGUUUCGUCCUAUCGAAAUGUGAUCGAUAGCGAGCUCGAUGAGGCAAAGAAGGCAAAGGAUGAAAGCUUGAAGGAAAUAACUCACAAAGUAUACUUUGAUGUUGAGAUCGAUGGAAAACAUGCUGGUCGUAUUGUCAUGGGCCUCUUUGGGAAAACUGUUCCUAAAACAACAGAAAACUUCCGAGCACUUUGCACAGGAGAGAAAGGUAUUGGGAAGAAUGGGAAACCUCUUCACUACAAAGGGAGCACGUUCCAUAGGAUUAUUCCCAGCUUUAUGCUCCAGGGAGGUGAUUUUACACAUGGAGAUGGAAGAGGCGGAGAAUCAAUCUAUGGAGAAAAGUUUGCUGAUGAGAACUUCAAACUGAAGCACACUGGACCAGGGCUUCUUUCAAUGGCAAAUGCUGGUCGUGAUACCAAUGGUUCUCAGUUCUUCCUCACUACAGUCACAACUAGCUGGUUGGAUGGCAGACAUGUUGUGUUCGGCAAGGUGAUCUCUGGGAUGGAUGUGGUGUACAAAAUUGAGGCUGAGGGGACACAGAGUGGCUCACCCAAAAGCAAAGUAGUUGUUGUAGACAGUGGCGAGCUUCCAUUGUGAUUGCCUCACUUUUUUUAUUUUGUUUUUGUUGCCGGUCAUAACGCUUAUCUUUAAUCUCCAUAAACAAUGGCUUUUUUUGUUUUCCAAGUGCAAAUCUAUGUAUUAUGAGUAUGAUUUAGAAGUCACCUCAAACACCAAAAAGUCCUGAGGAUAGUAAUCUAGAAGUUAAUAGCAUUUGUU